UACCAAAUUGCUGAUUUGUGAUUAUUUUCAGACAGUAUCGCCAAGAUUCACAUUUCCGGAGUAUCCCUGGAGACUAAUGGCACGGAGACAAGGCUGUCUUCUAUUAACCAUGAGCAUUUGUGGAGACAACGACAUUUAAAAUAUCGCUGCCAUUUACAUAUUUUAUUGAUCGUGUUGGCGUAAGGGAUGUUGAAUGCUGAUAACUUCUCCAUAUUCUUCUCACAGGCUGUGAUUCAUAAAUCGGUGACUCACUCAUGAUUUUUUUUAAUUAGAAUAUGUUGUGAGCAUACAUUAAAGUAAGAAUGGAGAAGAUGUUUAGUCGUUUUCGAUCUAUGAGUGGGACUAAAUUAAAAAGUCCCACAACCGAGAGCCAGCCACCAGUACCAGCACAGCCACCAAGCAAGGAAGAUAUACUGAGUACAUUGGAUGGAUUUGGGGAGAAAAUACAAGAUCCACUUGCUCGGGAAGACAACAAUAAUAUACAUGUACGGCGGAGCAGCAAUACGAGUAUGGGAAGUGAGAACAGUUGUGAUACAACUGCCUGUGAUGCUGAACCUACCAUCACUAGUAUCACACAUUCAUACAGCUUAGAAUGGGAGAAAUUGUUUAUGAAACAAGGGUACCUUCGACAUUUGAGAAACUAUGCCAUGAAAGGAAAUUUACGUAGCAGCAGAUUCAGGAGUAUUGCCUGGAAGUUAUUUCUCGGUGUACUACCAGAAGAACCCUCACUUUGGACAGCCAAGACUAAACAUUUGAGAAGUAAAUACAAGGACCUCAAAGAUAGGUUGAUUGUGAACCCACGUAAAGCAGUAGACACAGUUGAUUUAUCAUUUAAUAACCCACUAUCACAGGAGGAAGAGAGUCCAUGGAACAGGUUUUUCCUUGACAAUGAGUUAAGACUUACCAUCAAACAAGAUGUGAUAAGAACCUUUCCUGAGAUACAGUUUUACCACUCGGAACAAGUUAGAGACCUGAUGGUUAAUGUGCUGUUUUGUUACUGCCGAGAGCAUGACUCCUUAUCCUAUCGACAGGGCAUGCAUGAGUUGUUGGCUCCUAUGAUAUUUGUUCUACACUGUGAUCAUCAGGCCUUCCUACACGCCUCCGAGAUGGAAUCCUUAGAUGUCCUGGACUCAGUUUCAAGUGAGAAGAUAAAGUGUGUGUUAGAUCCCAAGUAUCUAGAGCAUGAUGCUUAUGCAAUGUUUUCUCAAGUGAUGCAAACUAUGGAGCCGUGGUAUGUGUCAAAGGAAGUUUAUCCAACAAAGCAAAACAUAGAUCCGUCAUCUUCACAGCCAUUUGCCAGACCCCAGGACCUGAACCCUUCCAAUGUUAUUGUGACGAAGCUGACAAGGAUACAGGACUACCUGCUGAAGAAAGCUGACCUUGAACUUCACAUGCAUCUAGAGAGACAUGAAAUAGCUCCACAGAUAUAUGGCAUUCGCUGGAUACGUUUGCUGUUUGGACGGGAAUUCCCAAUGCAAGAUCUGUUGGUGUUAUGGGAUGCCAUUUUUGCAGACGGUAUUGGAUUUGAUCUGGUAGAUUUUAUCUUUGUUGCAAUGCUGCUAUACCUUAGGGACCAUUUGCUAUCUAGUGAUUACCCAUCAUGUCUAAUUACACUGAUGAGAUAUCCGCCUGUUGGAGAUAUACAUUUUUUCAUUGACAAGGCCCGACAUCUCAGAGAUCCACAUCAAUAUCCCGGUCCUCCGAAAUAUACAUACCAAACUGUUCAAACUGCAGAGAGAGUUCAGCCACAGCAGCCAAAAGCUGUUGCAAGUUCGAGGCCGCAUACGACUUCUAAUACACUGCAGUCAUUCACUCGUAAAUUCUACUCUACGUCACGACCUAAAUCACUAACAGUGACAGGUCGGCAAAAAAUAUCUAAAUCAUCAAGCGAGCCAAUGAACUUACAGACAGAUAUCUCCCCAGACAGUCCACCACCAGGAAAUGUACCUCAACACAAGCGAGGAUCAUCAGCCAGCCUCUCACAUGUGGAGGAUUCCAUGUUCAGGUCAGCUCAGUCCAGUGGUAGUCUGACAAAGUUUGAGACCCAGAGUUUGAGGUCAGCUGUCACAACACCAGAUGAUUCAUCUGUGAACGAGAGUCCAACUAGAUACGCAACCAUGCCUACAAGAGGGAAAGCUAAACAGAGGAAAACUGCGGUGGAUUCUGCAGCAGACGCGGAGAUUGCUGCAUUGCGAGGUGUUCUACAUGACAAGGAGUCCAUGUGUAACUACUGUGCUAGUAAACUUGACCGACAUAUAGAGAGAAUUCAAGCACAGUUUUUGCAGCAAAAUCUCGAAAAUGAAGACGAGAUACUUGUGGCAAUAGCAGGAAUAAAACAGGUCCGGGAUGUACUUAAAGGAACACUAAGAUUUAGUCAAAAUCUUCUAGAUGAGGAUGAGAUCAGUAUAAACGAUAACCAUUACAAAAUGGACGUGUCAUCUUCCAGUAGUCCGGAAACUGACAGUUCACCGGACUUUGUUGAUAUAGAGCCAAUACCAGAUAAAGCUGCUGAGAGACGCCUAUUUUAUGUUAGUAGUGAAGAAAAUUCUGAGGCGAUUGACUCGCCAAGUGAUACUGUUUCUUCAAGUGCACAAAACCCAAACAUAAACUUCAAACUUCCACCUCUUAGAGACUAUGAGAUGGAGGAAUUAAAAAAUGAUGUAAGAUUUAAACAUUCAAAGUAUAAGGAUAGCAGACGACAGUCUAGAGGUUCGGGACCAAAUCAGUGCGAGUCCGAAUUCUCAAAAUCAUGGAGUGCAGAGAGUUCACGAACUGAAAGUAGUCCUGACUCGGAAGUUGAGGAAAGUCCAAACCCCCUAUAUAAAAUACGUCACAGUUCGUAUGACUUGUGAUAAUGCAGAAAGCAUAUAAGAUAGGUACAUUGUAAGCUGUGUAACGGACGCCUAUGAAUAGUAGAUACCUGCCUGUCAAGGGUCAAAGGUUAUGAAGCUGAGUUUGGGGACAAGUCCCAGAACUUGAGCAUCUGAUUGGUUCAAUAUGAGCUUAUCUUGGAAUUGACCAAUGGAAUAGCUGCAUUUAUAGUCAGGGCCCCAGACUUAUUUCAUAACCUAAAAUCCAGUUUCCUUGUAAAUUAACCUCUCAAGAGCCACUGUUUAUACAACAAACUUUCAACUUUUUCUCGCUGUGUUGUUUUUCAGAAGUUGUUCUGUGUGUUUACGUUGGAAAUUACAUUGAAAAGAAAGGGGAUGUUUCGUUCAUGUUUUACUUUAGGAUUUUAAGUUCAUUAAGAAUCAUACAAUGUUAAUAACAUAUGUUGUCAAAAUGGCUUUGUGAUAGAUCCCAGGGUCUGCUGUAUUGGUCAGAAGCUGCAGGCCAAGGAACAAUAUGACAGGUUAAGGUCUGUUACCUUGCCAUUAUGAAAACACAUUUUUAUUGGCAAUUUUAUUGCAAGAUCAUUUUUAAAUAUUUUAGAACUAAUGCAUGCCAAUGAAAUGUUCUCAUGAAAAAUAAGAGACUGUGAAAAUUUCUGUAUUGGGUUUGUGAAGUAGUGGGGGUUUGGGUCACUGCAACCCUUUCAUAUUAUGUGAAAACUUGGUAUAAUGCAUGGCUGUGAAUUACUGUUACAGGGCCUACACAGUGAACAUGCUUAUUAUGAUUAAAAAGCUCUGCAAGACAUGAUUGUUAUACUGCUGAUUUUUUUCUGUCUGAUGAAGUCUGUGCAAAUUUUAAAGCAUGAGAAUAUUUUGGUCCUUACAAUUUUUUUUAUUAUUCUCUUGGUUAAAAUAACAUUACAGGAUGAAAUGCACACAGAUACAAUCCAACAAAAUAAUCGUAUCUACAGUGGAACCUCGUUAACUUGAACUCGUCUGGAUCAACAAAAUUUGUUCCAGUUAUCGGUAGUUCGAGUCAUCGAGCAAGGUACAUUAUACAGGAAUUUUGUCAGGACUUGGCGAGGAGUUCGAGUGAAGGGUGAUGUUUCGAGUUCGAGAGAAUGAAGUUUGACUGUAGUUGUUGAAUGUAGAAAUUAUUUGAUUUAUUUCAUCUGUUUUUUGUACUUUCAGUAUCAAGCAAGAUCUACCGUCUGUAAGAACUUUUGUUAUGCCCUCAUCAAAUCAUGCUGUGGGCCAUAUAACAUCUUUUUCAUGUUUUAAAAUGUUUAAAUUAAUUAAAACAUGCUUCUGUAUAUUAUUUGGAUUCUGAUUUGUUUUUAACAUGAAAUUUUAGGUAAAAUUUGAAGCACUUUAUCUUGGUCACUUCAAAUAGAUUGACAUGAUGCCAUCUUUUUUUUAUUAAAAUGUUUAGUAAAAAUGACACAGAUAUUCAAUAAAAUAGAGAGGGUUUGUUUCAUCUUACAUAUUUUCAAUGACUUCAUUCAUUUUACACGGUGCAAGGUUGUUUAUUUUUUCACCUUUUUUGUCAAGUAUGGUUGUUUAUUUUUGUUUACUUUAUGUUAAACACAUUCAUUUUCAUUUUUAAGAUUUAUGUAUAUGUAUUUUUUUCCUGUUUUACACAAGUACUUGUUCUACUAUAAAUGGCAUUUUAUUUUUAAACCAAUACCCGGUUGCUUAUAUUGCUCAUGUUGAAUGAUUUACAAAUCUGAAUUACAAAUAUAAAUGUCAGAAAAAAAUAAAGGCAGAUUUUAAAAAAAAAGCAUAAACACUAUUUAACACCUUGAAGUGUUAAAAUGUCAUGCCUCCAGAUGUAUACAUGUAUUAGACUUUUAGGGGUUUUUUUUGAAACAGUAGGCACAAUAGGUUCUGUUGAAAUGUAAAACAGACAUAAAUAAGUUUAGAUUGACACUUAGAGAGCCUUUUACUAUUUUAACGACAAAACAUGUAUCUGUGUAAAAGAAUGCUUCAUGUAACACUCAAAAUCAUUUUAUUCUGACUGUUUUCUAGUACAGUUACUAACUAAUUAGGUCAUUUUCUAAAAUUUGAAGAAGAAAAAAUAAAAUACCGAUAGAUCUGGUUGUGAGUCUCUUUAAACCCACAGACGAGGUCAACAUAUGAAUAACAACAAUGUGUAUGGAGGUAUAUUGCUGUAAACCAACAAUCAUACAAACUCGGUGUAUGUCAAGUUUUGUGCUAAGUGGAAUUAUCUGAUAAUAGAUAAUAGAAUCCAUGAGAUGUAAUACUGAAGAAAAUAUUUUUGGAAAAUACAUUCUGAAGUUUCCAACAAUCUUACAAUGUUACCUUGUUGCCAUGCAUUAGGUCACUGAUUGCAUACAGCACUGUGCAUGUUCAGUUCACAGCUCAGUUGUGACUAAAUCAUUAUUUAUUCUAACACGACUGAUUUAUUUUCCUAUUAAACAAAGAAGACUGAAAAUCAUGUAUUUUAUGCCACAGUGCACUGUUUGUAAGUCACACAAGUAUUGCAUCAUAGUGCAAGGUGUCAUAGCAGCAUGCAGGAAAAGAAACCCACACAAAACAGGGAUACACUUGGUGGUGGCUGUCAUGGAUAUAUAAAUAAUAAUCCUUUUUAACAUGUUAGAAUCAAAAAAAUUAUGUAUCAAACAGUGAUUUGUUCUUGAAUAAAAUCAUUGUAUAUCAUUCAGAUAUGUAUUAUUAUUUUAUGUUGGCUGCACCCUCGUGAUAUAAUUCCUUUGCAUCUGAACUUACAAACAAUCAAUUUAUUCAACAACAUAUCACUGUUUGGAAUAUAUUAUCUCUUAACUAUAUCAGUAGAUACAACUAUUAUUUACCGGUAUAUUCAUGGUAAGCUUCUAAUGAAAAGUUUGUUUUAAACAUGCUAAAAUAUAGUUCUAGAGGGUUUGUGUUUGAAAACAUGUCUAUUUAAAGUAAUGUUCUUGUCAUGACCUGUAAUCAUUUGUGUUCAAAAGUUUUCAGGAUCAAAGUCAUUUUCUGAUAAACUUUGCACCUUUCGAUGUCUUCCAUGACCUUUGUACUUUACAUAAAUGUAUACAUAACUUUGAAAUAAGUUGACUACAUGGGCACAUUCAGUGGUUCUGGCCAGAGCAGUUAUUUAUAAAUGAGGAUAGGAAUUGUUGAUUUCAGAUUUUAAAGAGGAUCUGUGUUCAUUUGGGACUUUAGCAAAACCAAAAUAGAUAUUGAUAAUUUCACAGUAUACAUAGUCAUAUAUAUUGUAAAUCUCAUGAUACUGUAAAUUGGGUAAUAUUUGCAGUGGUUUAUUUUCAUAAUAAUUGUGAACUUUGCACCUCUCUAAACAAAAACAUACUUGAAUAUGAACAGAUUUUAAAUUUUUUAGCUCCCUUAUGUAAGGCUGUUGAUAACUGAAUUGGGAAAUAAAAGUUCUGUGCAAAUUAAAAAACAUGCAUUUUAAAAGAAUACAUUAUGCAUGAAAUCUUUUUGACAUGGGCAUUUCAUUGACAUAUUCAUCUGUGUCUGUGAAACACGGUUCUUAUGUUUAUUUGAGGUUGCAGGUGUCAGAUCAAGGUGUAUGAUUCAGAAUGCUGUAGGAGGGCCCUGUGCUGUGAUAGGGGUUACCACAUUGGCUUUUAUCUCACCAAAGUCUUCAAUCCAUGUUCAUAUUUAUAUCCAAGUGUUUAUGCAUACCGUUCAAAUGUUAUAUACUUAUGCUACAGAAAAGAUAAAAAACACUAUACCAGCAUGAUACAAAUAUGAUACGAAUGCUCUUUCAGACUUGUUUCAAGCUUGCAUUGAUGUUGUGGGCUGAUAGUAUUUAUUAUAACUGAAAUGUAUGCAGUAUUUGGUGCCUAGUGCCAUUGGUUAAAACAUCAUGUUGUAAAUUAAUAUUCAUGUAGGCUGGCAUGACCAGAAAAAAAGAGGCAUUAUCUCUUUGUUUUUUCUUUUCUUUAAAAUCUUAAAUAGAGCAACUUGUGUCUAUGUCAUGAUUUUUACAGCUAUACUGACCUUAAACCCUUUUACAUUUAGUUAAUUCUGUUCUGAGUAAAACAUUGCACAAGCUUGUAGCACAGAGAUUCAUUCUAAUGCAGUUUUGUAAGAAAUUGAUAUGCUUUGUAGAAUUGAUAUUGUUUUGUUGUUGUUGUUUUUUUGGAAAUAGGUUAUGUAUAAACUUUGCAAGUCACUUUUAGAUUUAAUUCAAUGUACCUUUCUUAUGAAUUUUAUAGAGAACAUAAUCUUCUUCAGUACAAGAUUGAAAUCAUCUUUCACUGAGUGAACACAAAUACCGUGACAAUAUUUGUUAUGAGUGGCAUAGCACUGAGUGAAAAUGCAAGGUCAGGUUUUUACAAGCUGUACGUAUUUUGAUAUUGUGUUGAAAGCAAACAUAUUUUCUUUUUACCUUGUGCCUUUUCAAUGCAUUUUCACCAAAUUUACCCAUUUUGUAGUUCUGUACCUUGGUGAAAUUAGGAAUUGGAAUUUGUACAGUAGGGUAAUAAGUGGGGGAAGUUUGGGUUUGGACGAAUUUUGUCUUUGUUCAGUCCUUGUUUUGGAAAGAAAGAGUGUGAUGUCAUGACUGUUUAUUGUCGGUUACCUUUUUAUUCUGCCAGUUAUAGAUAUCAUGCAUUUUAGCUUGACUGUUUGGAGACUAGUGGGAGCUUUUCUACUUACCCCGAGUGUCGGCACACACUGGUUUAAGUUCUGUUUGCAAGGUCAUAUCUCAGUAACCAUUGUUCCUAUAGGAUUGUAACUCCACACAAGACUUUUUAGUUACUUGAUCUACUUAAAUAACCAAAAUAAAUAAAGCUAACUUAAAUCUGUGGACAAUAAAAGUUUUGCAAACAUUCCAUACUUUGAUAUUGCAUGGUGCGUGCUUUUAUGUUUUAAAUUUGUUGAGAGUAUAUUACAAUUUAUUUAUUAAAAAUGUUAGUAUCUCUGCUUAUAAUUUACCUUUCAGUAUACCACUUGUAUAUAUAUCAAGAAACUUCGCAUAUACAUGACCGUUUCAUUCCAUUCUGACAUUUUAUGCUUGUUUUCCCAAAUGUCAUAUUUAUUUUGCAAAGCACUGUCAUUCUAGAGAGGUUUCAGGGUCCAUGAAUUUGCGAUAGAGGGGUUAGAGUUGCUAGGUAUAUUUGAGAGUAUGCUUCCUUUGAGAAAUUAAAGCAAAUAUAUAUCUCUAUUAUCCUAAAGUCAUAACAAUUGAAUCAAGCAUUUUGCUCGAAGAAAAUUUCUUUAAAAUUGAUCUUCAUUUUAAGAUCAUAAUAAAAGCUUUAGGAUGACCUUGUACAGAGUUUCCUCCCUUCUAGAUCAGCAUAUUGUUUUUCAGGCCUAUACAGUCAUACAUGCAAAACUAAUGCAAGUAACUUAAAUUGAAUGUUGUUUUAUUUCAUGUAUGUUGGGGAAUCAGGAUAACUACAUUAAAAUGGAAUAUUUUUGCCAGGCUUAACAUUGCUGUAUCUAAAAUUUGACUUUGGUUGGUUAAUGUGUUAGAAUAUUUGUGAUAUAUUGCCAUCUUGUGAAACAUAGAAUUAUAAUAUAGAUAUUCAAGAAUGUGGACAGUUGGCAACUUUCCAGUAUUUUUUCUGUUAAUAUAUUUUAGCACAUCAGGUGUUGUAAGUUAGAAAAAUGACCUCUUGUUGUGCAUGUACUCUAACUGUUUUGUUAUAGAUUUUGUGAAUUUGUCCAUUGUUUCACAUGAUGUUGAAUUUGUUUCUGUUUUGUUGUUUAAAAUUUUAAAUGUAAAACAUAGAUUUAUUUAGCUUGAAAUUAGCUUCUUAAGGUGCAAUAAUUAUUAUACACACAAAUACAAUUAUUAAAACUUCAAACUCUUCAAUAA